CGGCGGCGGCAGGAGGCGGCGAAGGACCCGGCGCGGCGGCGGCGGCGGGGGGGGAGGAGGAGGAGGAGGAGGAGGAGAGAGGAGGAGGGGAAGCGGCGGCGGAGCGGGAGGCCGAGAAGGUGGAGGAGGCAGUCGCUCUCGGCGGGGGGCUGAGUCGGACGCGUCUUCUUGGCUUCCCUCCCCUCUCCCUGCCCUCCCCCCCGCCCGCCCGCCCGGCUCGCCGCUGCCGCCUCGUAGUUGGCGCCGCUGCCGGGGCUCGAUAGGGAGCGUGGAUAGGGAGCGGAGGAGGGAGAUGGCCCGGGAGCGCCGGCGCCACUAACGGGGGACGUGCCGUGUGAGUCGCCGCCGAGGGCGCGCCGGGCCCCGGUGCCGGGGCUGCUGCUGCCGCCGCCCGCUCGCCCGCCCGCCUCUCGCGGCCGCGCUCCCCCCUCCCCCGACACACGCUCACAGGCCGGGCAUUGAUGGUAAUGUAUGCGAGGAAACAGCAGAGACUCAGUGAUGGCUGUCACGACCGGAGGGGGGACUCGCAGCCUUACCAGGGGGGUGAUGUUUUGCAGGCACUUAAGUAUUCAUCAAAGAGUCACCCCACUAGUGGUGAUCACAGACAUGAAAAAAUGCGAGACGCCGCAGAUCCUUCACCGCCAAAUAAAAUGUUGCGGAGAUCUGAUAGUCCUGAAAACAAAUACAGUGACAGCACAGGUCACAGUAAGGCCAAAAAUGUGCAUAUUCACAGAGUUAGAGAGAGGGAUGGUGGGACCAGUUACUCUCCACAAGAAAAUUCACACAACCACAGUGCUCUUCAUAGUUCAAAUUCACAUUCUUCUAAUCCAAGCAAUAAUCCAAGCAAAACUUCAGAUGCACCUUACGAUGCUGCAGAUGACUGGUCUGAGCAUAUUAGCUCUUCUGGAAAAAAGUACUACUACAAUUGUCGAACAGAAGUUUCACAGUGGGAAAAGCCAAAAGAGUGGCUUGAAAGAGAACAAAGACAAAAAGAAGCAAACAAGAUGGCAGUUAAUAGCUUUCCAAAAGAUAGGGAUUACAGAAGAGAGGUGAUGCAAGCAACAGCCACUAGUGGGUUUGCCAGUGGAAUGGAAGACAAGCAUUCCAGUGAUGCCAGUAGUUUGCUCCCACAGAAUAUUUUGUCUCAAACAAGCAGACACAAUGACAGAGACUACAGACUGCCAAGAGCAGAGACUCACAGUAGUUCUACGCCAGUACAGCACCCCAUCAAACCAGUGGUUCAUCCAACUGCUACCCCAAGCACUGUUCCUUCUAGUCCAUUUACGCUACAGUCUGAUCACCAGCCAAAGAAAUCAUUUGAUGCUAAUGGAGCAUCUACUUUAUCAAAACUGCCUACACCCACAUCUUCUGUCCCUGCACAGAAAACAGAAAGAAAAGAAUCUGCAUCUGGAGACAAAACUGUAUCACAUUCUUGCACAACUCCUUCCACAUCUUCUGCCUCUGGGCUGAACCCCACAUCGGCACCUCCAACAUCUGCUUCAGCAAUCCCUGUUUCUCCUGUUCCACAGUCUCCAAUACCUCCAUUACUUCAGGACCCAAAUCUUCUUAGACAAUUGCUUCCUGCUUUGCAAGCCACGCUUCAACUUAAUAAUUCUAAUGUGGACAUAUCCAAAAUAAAUGAAGUUCUUACAGCUGCUGUGACGCAAGCCUCAUUGCAGUCUAUAAUUCAUAAGUUUCUUACUGCUGGACCAUCUGCUUUCAACAUAACUUCUCUGAUAUCUCAGGCUGCUCAGCUCUCCACACAAGCUCAGCCAUCUAAUCAGUCUCCAAUGUCUUUAACGUCUGAUGCGUCGUCCCCAAGAUCCUAUGUGUCUCCAAGAAUAAGCACACCUCAGACUAACACAGUUCCUAUCAAACCUUUGAUUAGUACUCCUCCUGUUUCAUCACAGCCAAAGGUUAGUACUCCAGUAGUUAAGCAAGGACCAGUUUCGCAAUCAGCAACACAGCAGCCUGUAACGGCUGAGAAACAGCCGGGUCACGAACCUCUCUCUCCUCGAAGUCUUCAGCGGUCAAAUAGCCAGAGAAGUCCGUCACCUGGUCCAAAUCAUACUUCUAGUAGUAAUGUAUCAAAUGCAACAGUUGUACCACAGAAUUCAUCUGCCCGACCUUCAUGUUCAUUAACACCUACGCUAGCAGCACACUUCAGUGAAAAUCUCAUAAAGCAUGUUCAAGGAUGGCCUGCAGAUCACGCAGAGAAACAGGCAUCAAGAUUGAGAGAAGAAUCCCAUAACAUGGGAAGUGUUCACAUGUCAGAAAUUUGUACUGAGUUAAAAAAUUUAAGAUCAUUAGUCCGAGUAUGUGAAAUUCAAGCAACUUUGCGAGAACAAAGGAUACUAUUUUUGAGGCAACAAAUUAAGGAACUUGAAAAGCUAAAAAAUCAGAACUCCUUCAUGGUUUGAAGAUGUGAAUAAUUGCACAUGGUUUUGAGUACAAGAACUAUAUUAUCUCUUGCCCAAUCUUAACAUUUUUGAGCUGCAUUUAAGUAGACUUUGGACCGUUAAGCUGGGCAAAGGAAAUGACAAGGGGACGGGGUCUGUGAGAGUCAAUUCAGGGGGAAGAUACAAAAUUCAUUUGUAAAACCCUUGAAAUGUAGAUUUCUUGUAGAUGUAUUCUUCACGUUGUAAAUAUGUUUUGUAGAGUGAAGCCAUGGGAAGCCAUGUGUAACAGAGCUUAGACAUCCAAAACUAAUCAAUGCUGAGGUGGCUAAAUCCCUAGCCUUUUACAUGUAAACCUGUCUGCAAAAUUAGCUUUUUUAAAAAAAAAAAAUUGGGGGGGGUUAAUUUAUCAUUCAGAAAUCUUGAAUUUUCAAAAAUUCAGUGCAAGCGCCAGGCGAUAUGUGUCCAAGGAUACGAUUUUUGAACCACACGGGCAAUGUACAAAAUAUCAUGAAACAGCUGUUCCCAUACGCGCACCUGAUCGAGAGCAGUGCUUCUCCAUUUGUUUUGCAGAGAAAUGUUUUCCAUUUCCCUUGUGUUCCAUUCCCUUUGGAAAUCCUUGAUCUGAUUUUAUCCAUUUUUUAAGGCUCCUCUUUUUCUCCUUUCUUAAGGCACUGUUGCUAUGGCACUUUUCUAUAACCUUUCAUUCCUGUGUACAGUAGCUUACAAUUGCAGUGAUUGAGCAUAACCCACUUGUUUGUAUAAAUUAUUGAAAUCCAUUUGCACCCUGUAAGAAUGGACUUAAAAGUACUGCUGGGCAUGUGUGCUGAAAGUACAUUGAUUGCUCAAAUAUAAGGAAAUGGCCCAAUGAACAUGGUUGUGGGAGGGGAAAGAGGAAACAAAGCUAGUCAGAUGUGAAUUGUAUCUGUUGUAAUAAACAUGUUAAAACAAAAACAAAAAUUGUUACUUUUCUUUUCCUUCGGUCAGUGCAUAUUAGAAUUUUGAACUACCUGGGGAUUCUCUUUAUCAGAAAUAUUCUUGUUGAAUAUUUUUACUUAAUUUAAUUUCUUAAGGAAGCUUUUGUUUAAGUCUAUUAACAGGAAAUUGUGUAUAAGAUAUUUAAGGAAAUAAAUAUGAAAUUCAACAAGAAUGAUUGAGUCACUUCCCAAGUGGUUGUCCUUUGUUAAGCCCUGGUUUACCUGUCUUGCUAUUAUGACAUUUCAUUUUGAAGGAUGUUUGUGUUGUAGUUAACUGUUCAAGUCUGGUGCUGACUGCUGUUCUUAGCCAUCACAAAACGCUAAAUUUGUGUAAUUGGAGCUUUCUGCUGUUACCUGGAGAUGGUCAGAAAGCUCAGCUUUGUAUAUUGUUUCCUAAAGUAUAUUAAAAUAAAAAAAGAAACUAUUGCUACUAUAAAUUUACCUUGGCUUUUUUUUUUCCUCUGCUAAAAUAUUGGACACAUGGCCUUAGCAUGACACUGCCAGUAUUAUAACAAAUCACAAAGGUUUCUUUAUGCAGGAAAAAACAAACUUUAAUUUAAAAAAUUGUACUCAAUUUAGAGACUUUGUGUUUUGUAUGUUGAGGCAGAUAUAUUCAUGUGCUUUCAGAACUGCCAGCACCAAGGGCUUAUUUUGUGUUGUUAGACAAUGUUAUAUUACAUUUCUGGGAUACUAAAGUUUUUAAGUUGCUUUGUGUUUUGAGCCCAAAAUAUAAAAGAUAAUGCUGAGACUUGCAACAGAUUUUAAAGAUAACCUGUAAGCAAUGGUAUGGAUAUUUUCUUUAAAAUGUUCCAGUGUAAUUAAGAACCAAAAUCUACUGGGAGGUGACUUUUUAAUUGUAACUUGGAAAUACUUUUAAAAUGUAAGAAAAGACAUGUCACAAAAUCUUAUCGUCAUGAAAUGUUCAUACUUGUGUGAGAUUGUUGACAUUUGCUGGGCUUGAUUAGUGCAUGUAGUGAAACUCCAAGCUAUGUUAAGCAAGAACCCUUACUUAUGAGUCCUGUAUUUUUCCUGGAAAGAAAUGAGCAAUUUAUGCUAUACUAGGCAAAUUGUCCUGAUCAGAUGGCAGUUUGACUUGUGAUACAAGGGAAUUCUAAGUUUGAUUUGCUAAUAGUUUAUUGUUCUCUGUCACCUUACUCCUUUGCUUUAAAAAAUGUUUACAUCCUUAAAUGAAUCACUCACAUAUGUAGUAAAAGAUGCCUCAUUUGGAAUUUCUUGGUGAAUUUUUAAACACAAAAAAAAUUAAAGUUUUGUGGAGAUAUUUUUACAAUAUUUGAUUCACUUAUUCUUUCGUAAAUUAUUUUAAAUAUUGCACUUUAAUACAGACAUGUUAUUCAACUACCACUAACCUUGAAUAACCAGGAAUAUUUAUUAAAAUACACAUGAUAUCUGGAAAUAUUCUUACCUAGUUGACCUGUUGUCAUUAUUUUGAACAUGUAUCUCUUCGUUUGGCACCUCGGUUCAAAUAAUUUGCAAUCAGAAAUACGGAUAGCCCCCUAGGAAACCUCAGGGUUUUUAUCUUUUUAUGUUUCUCUUUUAAAAGAGACAUUCUUGUAGUCAAAUCUUUAAAAACUAAUAUUGUAAUAAAAUGUAUUUUGUGGAGAUGUGUCUCUUAGAAAGGCUUUACCCAAAAGAACCAGCUUCUCUAUUUUUUCCUUUGCUUUUCCUAUUAACUAAUUUUUAAAACUUGAUAAAGGAAAUCCAUGCUUCACCUUUUUAAAAAUAGUCCAAAUGAAUGAUUUUGUUAUCUAGAUUUUAAGUGUUUCCACACUUACUAAGUCCUGGAAAGGAGGUGCUUAAAACUUUGCAAAGAAUGAAUUGUUAACCCAUUUCACAAACAAUAUAUGUUCUGUUGAAACACAGCUUCAGCUUCAAGGAUCAUUUCAAAGGGGAGGGGGCAGGGCAGAGGGCGCCGAAGUAAUUCACUGCAAACCAGAACUAUUACUGUAGUUCAGAAUUUAAAGCUACUGUAUUUAGAUGUGGGGUUUGAAUAUACAGUUUCUUUGCAAUACUUGUAAAUAUGGCUAUAUUCUUGUAUUUGUACUGGAGUGUACAAAAUGACACUAAAAAGUAAUAAAUAUGUUUUGACUA